UGUGUGGGUAUAUAAAGAUAUCAAGCACUUGCGAGAUGAACUUGACCGGCAACAUUUGUGGAGUGAAGUUCAUUAGUCAGCGAAGAUUGCAAAAUAUUCGAAUAUGCGUUCAUUUGUUAUCACAGCCGUUUUGAUAAGUGCUAUGUAUGUGGCAGUUACAGAGGCUCUGACCGAUAGAGAAAUUUUUGCAAAAACAAUUUAUGGUGAAGCUAGAGGUGAACCAGUAGAAGGGCAAAGAUGGGUUGCUUGGGUGAUUAAGAAUAGAGCUAGAGCCAAUAAGUCAUAUUGGGGAGGUAGCGUAAUUGGAGACGUAUGUCGUAAACGUUUACAAUUCUCAUCUUGGAAUGGAAAAACUGACAUCGCCAUCGGCGAUCCUAGCACCUUUCAGAAAAUCCUACAGUUAGCAAAUUCAAUCUAUGAUGCCCCAGCAAGCGAAGACCCUACUGGUGGAUGCGACCAUUUCCACAGCAAGAAAAUGAAGAAAUAUCCAAGUUGGAUAAGGAACUGUAAAGAAGUUAAGACUAUUGGAAAUCAUAUUUUCUAUAAAUCUGUGUGAUUUCAACCUUACCAUUAAAAAUAUUAUUAUGUGACUGUUGUUAUUUGUUGUGAUAUAUUUUGAAUAAAUGUUACUUUUCUAUUCA